AUGCCGUCCACCGUCAAGGCAGCGGCCGUCGUCGUCGGUCUGCUGGCGACGAGUAUCCAUGCUCUCAGUGCUACUAUUCUUGCUGACACGAACCGAGACGGCAGGGUCGACGUAAACGGGACGUCAGACGUUGAAGGAAAGGCCACUUGGACCGAGGACAGAGGCGCCAUCUUCCUGGCCAACAUCCCAGAUGCGUACCGCCGAUGCACCCUUGGGGCUCCCAACGUUGCACCCUUUAUGAAGAUGCUUGAUAGCUGUCACGACGCAUCUGACAACGUUCUGCGCAAUCCCAAGUUCCUGGCGCCCCUUCGCACGCUUCCCAACCCUGACCUAAGCGACUCAGCUACGGGCGUCGUCAUCGUCUGCGACAAGAGGGCCGCGAAAAAGGUCCGCAUCUUCCACAAGAUGGCUGGUAACUGGACUUAUGUCGACAAACGCCACACUUUCAAGGCUGCUGACCUGCGGGCUGGUCUGGAGCUGGGAAUCGACUCCCGAGACGUCCGUCGACCUGGUGCCUGGAACGGCACCGUCACGGUCAACUUCAACCUGACUGACCGCGGCGAGUCUGUCUAUGACACAGUCGCCCUUCGAGUUGCGCCAAUCCUGAUAGGCCAUGCCCUGAACAAAGUCGAGCAGGCCUUCACCGUAACCGGAGAGUACCGGCCGCAGCAGGAGGCGUUUGCCGAGCGUUUGCAGAGUGUUCUGGCCGAGCAUGGGUUUGAGGAGCCUGUCGCCAGGCUGCACCCCAUCUUCGGAUGGGCUCACGACUAUUUCAAGGCCGGAUACAUCAGCAUGCCCGGACCCGAUGGUCCCAUUUCCCUGCGCGUCUACAUCAAAAGCAGCAUCAUUGCGCUUGCUGCCCAAAGAGUGUACACGCACUUCAGAUCUGCGUCGGCAGGCGCCGCUCAACAUUGGAAGUCCUCGAGCUCGGAAUCAGACAAGAUGGGGAACCUUCAGGUCGUAACCCCUUAUUGCCAUGGUGGCAGAUGCUUUCCUCUGGGCAGAGUUGUCAUGGGAUAUAGCCCCUACACGUCUCAUCAGAAAGCGGCGGCCAUUUUUCCGUUUAUGCAGCAUCAGGAGGCCCAGCUUCCCUUCCUCCUCGAUCACGGCUGGCUCUAUUACGGCGCCAUCGCCGAAUACCUGCAGUUCGUGCCGGCAAACAACUCUCGGGGAUGGACAAUUGUCGUGGGCGACCCCCAUCUCGCCUUCAACUUGCUCAAGGAGGCCAACGAAGCGGGCCAUGGUAAGCUUCCAGCGGCGCAUCGACCGCACUUGAAGGACGAUCCUUUCAAGUCUUGUUUCUCAAGAACCGUGAAGGAAGUUGUCCAACUCCCUUUUCUUCCCGGAAUAACCAAGUGGACCGCAGCCAAGAUCCAGUACAAUGUCGACGUGUUGAAACACGAGACUGGGGUCACGGAUGACGAGAUCGUACGCGUUCCGGCCCUUUUCUACCCGUACGGCGGCCUAGCAUCACCGAGAAAGUUGUACUGUCUUAGUCACAUUUUACCUUCGAUAAACCAUCCUGUAGUAGGGGAGAUCUCGGAGCCCGAACACUGGCCAGCAAAAACAGGGGUGAUUGGGAACAACUUGUACCCAGCGCGUCCUCCCUGGCCUUCUAGAUCUUUGUUUCCCAUAGCCACCGACGGUCUUGCCAUCGGAGAAGGCCAGUACUUGGCCCCAAACCCUUGGGGGCCACUUGUCAACGGGACGGAUAUAUUCGCCGAGGCUACCAGCAAGGCUUUUGCCAAGGCCGGUCUGAAUGUCACCUACUUUGAUAAUUGGCUUUUUCAACACGAAGUUGGCGGUGGGAUGCACCGCGCCACCAACUUGGUCCGGGAUAUCUCCCAGAAAUGGUGGUGA